UCCCCGACCAAAUCCACGCAAAAACCCUUUCGCAUCUAAACCCUCCCCUCCCGUGGAUCAUCGCCGCCGCCGCCGGUAUCUCGCUGACCUUUCCUCUCGUCGGACCAAGUUUUCGCGCGUCCCAAUCUGCGGAUCCGUCGGUCGUCGCCGUCGUGAUGCUGUCCUUGUCGAGGGCGCUGGGGAGGCGGCUCUUCUCCUCCUCCUCCGCCGCCGCAUCUGAUGCCACCGCCGCGGCCGCCGCGGUGGUGAGGAAGGCGCAGAACCCACUGGAGGAGUUCUUCGAGGUCGAGAGGAGCACCGAGGAAGACAAGCCCCCUCCGCACUACGGCCGUAGUUGGAAGGCUUCCGAGUUACGCCUAAAAUCCUGGGAUGACCUUCAGAAGCUAUGGUAUGUCCUUCUGAAGGAAAAGAACAUGCUUAUGAGUCAGCGCCAGAUGCUACAUUCAGAGAAUAUGCGUUUUCCAAACCCUGAACGUGUUUCCAAGGUGAAGAAGUCAAUGUGUCGAAUAAAGCAUGUCUUGACUGAAAGGGCCAUAGCAGAACCUGACCCAAGGAGAUCCGCAGAAAUGAAGCGGAUGAUCAACGCCCUUUGAUCAGCUUUCAUGUUUCAUGUUGGAUUAACGGUUGAAAGGACGAGUAGCUAUUUUUAGAAAUAUCUGCUUCUUUUCUGUUGUAUGCUAUUCUUUAUCUCGGAAAGCGGUACAAGACUGGAUCCUUUUGAUACCCAUGGAAUGCUUGAAAGAUCCUACUAUACUAUUGACAUUAAUAGCUCCAGGGCUAAUAAUUUUGAUGUCAUCUAGAAUCCAUGCAAUGUGUUUUGCAUGUCCAUGUUUCUGCCUCACUAGAAACGAAUUCGUUCCUCUGUCAGUUUCAAGUACACUGUACUGUUCUGAUCCUCACUUGGCAGCAAUAAAAGUUUGCUGUUAAGUCCA